UGCUAACUUUAGUGCCGCGAGGAAGACUUGCAGGGAGGCUAAUGUGUCAGAGUCAUGCUAAGCGGUCUAUGCUAGUCUGUUGUCCUAAAGUAAAAUAAAGCAUCAAACUGACAUUCUUCAAAUAGGACCACCUUUCGGACACCCGCUUAGGGGGUGGCUAACCUGAACCGUCAACCUUUGACAUCUGACAGCAGCUGGUGAGCUAGCGUUAGCGGCUAGCUGCUCGAAAAGUAUCGUUGGAGCUUGGUUGAUUACAGCCAUGUCUGCGGCCGGAGACUUCGGGAAUCCUUUAAGAAAAUUCAAACUGGUUUUCCUUGGAGAGCAGAGUGUGGGGAAAACUUCACUUAUCACCCGGUUCAUGUACGACAGCUUCGACAACACUUAUCAAGCCACAAUAGGAAUAGACUUCCUGUCAAAAACCAUGUAUCUUGAAGACAGAACAAUAAGGUUGCAGUUGUGGGACACAGCAGGCCAGGAGCGCUUUCGCAGUCUCAUCCCAAGUUACAUUCGCGAUUCUGCUGCAGCUGUUGUUGUUUAUGACAUCACAAAUGUCAACUCCUUCCAGCAAACAACAAAGUGGAUUGACGACGUUCGAACUGAGAGAGGAGGUGACGUCAUCAUUAUGUUGGUUGGAAACAAGACAGACCUCGCAGACAAAAGACAGAUAACCACAGAGGAGGGAGAGCAGAGGGCAAAAGAGAUGAAUGUUCUGUUUAUUGAGACAAGUGCAAAGACAGGCUACAAUGUCAAACAGCUUUUCCGUCGAGUGGCAGCUGCACUUCCUGGCAUGGAUGCCACACAGGACAAGAGUAGAGAGGACAUGAUUGACAUAAAACUGGAGAAGCCUCCAGAACAGCCCAACAGUGAAGGAGGCUGUGCGUGCUAAUGUAGUUAACAACUAGAUCUCUGUUAAACCAACACUCAUUUCUUGUACAGUAAAUAUAUCUAUCAUAAACCCUCUCUCCAGUACAUGAACACUACAUCAGUUACGCUGUUGUGCAAGUUAAAUCUCUCAGCAAGUCUCUGAAAGUCACACGUCACUUAUGAAUUGAAUAUUUGCACUGGUAAAGAGAAACCAUAAUCACAGGUGGUGCUUGGUCUAGUGAAGAUAAAGGAGUGUUGUUGGUGUAUGGAGGUUUCCAAAGAAAUAAGUUAACAUCAGGAAGUGUUAUUUUCAUAUCAUUUGAAAAGUAUCUAGCACUCAUCUGUAAUACUGUCACCAAAGCUCUUUGUGGAUGUGGAAAAGAUUACAACCUUAAUCUUCAGUGUUUACAAACUUGUUAUGCAACUUCAGAGAAAAUCACAUCCAUGAUAGUUUCAGAGCAUUCCCACCUCCCACCAAAAAGCAGCAUUUGAAAUGAGUAACACUAAAUUCCGAAGAAGCACCUGGAGUUAGUGUCGCCACAAAUGGCAAUGACCACAAGGACAAAGCUGUCACCACUAUAUCUCAUGCUCCUGCUCCCAUCAACUGACAGUUAUAGUUGAUUUUACCUUGGCUUCCAUUUUCUACUUUGUUUUUAUUCGACAGAUUGUUCAUGAUUUUAUGAGAGACAACCGCUAUGAUAGGUUAAAAUGAUGAUUUGGUCAUAGUGUUUGAAAAGUUUCAGCUCAUGUUCAUAAAUCCUGAAAUAUCAUAGAUUUGAACAAAUGCCUUUUGAAGUGUAAACAUAGAUGAUUUCUUUGCUUUGGGUUCAUAGUCUUGUUUGGGAUGAUGUUAAGAAUACUUUGUUUUUGCCUAUUUUUACUUUUGUUAUUGAUUUUUUGUUGUUGUUAGUAACAAUUAAUUUUGUGUAUUUAAUCCAUUAUUACUUGCAAUAUUUAUUUCUACCAAUUUCAUUUAUCUUUAUGACUGUUAAUCUGUUUGCAUUUGGGACAGUUCCUGCCAAUUUAAUAUGCAUCUACAUUUGACUGCCCUUAUCCAGAACACUUCUAACUGGCUGAUUGGUCAUAAUGAUAACAGUGCAAUUUGUAUUUGUGUGAAUAUUUGGAAGAGAAUUUGUAUUGCAUUGUAAUCUUUAACGUCUGUCAUAAAUUGUUUUAAAUUAAAGAAUAAAAUACACUUCACACUGCUGCA